AACUGAAGUAAAAUCGUGUGAUCUUAGGCGCGCGCAGAUAUGCACGCUUUGGUGGGCGCCUUCCUGCGCUGCGUGUCGUUUCUUCUGCCUCCCUCUUGGCUUUGUGUCAGCUUUUGCUUGUGGGUUGGGAGUGAGCGCGAGGACACGCUGCCGCGGUCCAAUCCCAGAGCUCGUUUCAAAGACGCAAAGCCUCUUACAUAUGAGGAAGUAGCAGAGUCAGAACCCGAAGCACAAGGAGGCUCCUGCUUCGCGCUCUCACCAGGUCCGGACCGCGUCUCGCUGGCUGCUACAAGCCCCUCUGCUCCUCAGGGCCCUCCGUCGGGUCGGAUCUGGAUCGGGGGUCUCUGGCGAGCCGUGGAGCGCGUCUUCGGAGCCCCCUGGGUCUUCCUCCGACAUCACCUGUGCGCCGAGAAGCGUCGAGCGGCUUUACGCGCCGCGUAUCCUGUGCGUGCCUUCGAGCCGAGCGACGCUCGGAGCUUCCAGGGAGGCGCAGCAGCUCCAGAGGAGGGCGCGGAGACGGGUGGGAGCGACAUGAGCGGGUCCGUGGGCAUCCCGAAGCCGGCGGAAUGCGUGUCGGACGCGGAGCGGCGCGUGGGCGAGGUAAUCACCGUGGAUCAGCGCGCGCAGGAGAUGGGCACGGUGACGAUCACUGUGGCCAUCCAGGCGGCGGAGGACGAGGAACCGGAGGAAGCGCCUCCGAAUAAUAUCGACGUCCUCGGAGGCAGCUGUAGUGAGGACGAGAUCGGAAGACACGACAAGUCGAGCGGUGCCGGGACAAGUGGAGGGGAGCUGGAAGAGGAGAGCUGGCAGCCCCCCGACCCAGAGCUCAUGCAGAGGUUGGUGGCUCAGAUCGAGUAUUACCUGUCGGACGAGAACCUGGAGCACGAUGCCUUCCUACUCAAACACGUGAGACGCAACAAACUAGGGUUUGUCAGCGUCAAGUUACUGACCUCUUUCAAAAAGGUAAAACACUUGACUCGUGACUGGAGAACAACUGCUUAUGCUCUGAGACACUCAAAAAUACUCGAGCUGAAUGAUGAAGGCCGUAAAGUGCGGCGCAAGUCCGCAGUGCCGGUUUUUGCGAGCGAAUCUCUGCCGAGCCGUAUGUUGCUACUCAGUGACUUGCACAGAUGGCCGGAGCUGGCCGCUCUGGCAGGUGGCACCAAGGAUAAUGGAGGAAAUGAGGGAGGGGCCACUCAGCAGGAGCAACUGAUGAAGCUGUUGCUGAAAGCGUUUGGAACAUACGGUGCAAUUUCGUCUGUUCGGAUCUUGAAGCCCGGAAAGGAUCUGCCAACUGACCUGAAGAGGUUAAGUGGCCGCUACAACCAGUUGGGCACAGAGGAAUGUGCAAUUGUGGAGUUUGAAGAGGUGGAGGCUGCCGUCAAGGCCAACGAGGCUGUGGUGAGUGAGGAUGGAGGAGGCAGUUCACUGGGGUUGAAGGUAGUCCUGAUUGGCACCAAGCCACCCAAGAAGAAGGUUCCCAAAGAACAACCUCACGAGGAGACCGGGAUGCGCAAAAGUCGCUCGCUCAACAGCAGAGUACGAGAGCUCCAGUACCACGGGGAGGACUCAGCCUGCAGUUCCUCUGAGACUGAGAGCACCCCUACGUCACCCAGGCUGGCCCGCAAGUCGCAGUCCUGCAACAAGCUCAGCCCCACCACUGCUGGCAUCUGCUUCCAGAAUAACCACCUGAGCCCUGGCAUAUCACCACGUAACAGUCCCUGGUCUAGUCCCCGGGCCAGUCCUUGCUCUCACCGCAAAUCCCCUCACUCUCAAAAGUCUCCCUUAGCCAGUGAGGGCAGGCUGAGCCCCGAGCCCGGGCGCCGCUGGGCAGACUACUCCUCUGACAGCAGUCUGACCCCUUCAGGGAGCCCGUGGGUUCAGCGGCGUAAGCAAGUGGCAUCUCAGGAGAGCAGUCCAGUUGGUAGUCCCAUGCUGGGUAGGAAGAUCCAGAACGCGGAUGGCCUUCCCCCAGGAGUCAUGAGGCUACCGAGGGGCCCUGAUGGAACCCGCGGGUUUCACUGUGUUACUAUUGGCGAGAGGGGGCGGGCCGCUGCUACGCAGACAUGAUGUGUGAUGUGUCUGUACACUCCCCCCCCAAAGUAAAGUGACAGAAGUUCAACGUGUUCUUUGGCGUAUGGCUCGGCCACCACCCCACAAUGGAGAUUGUAGAUAAUUUUUGUUGUGUGAAUCAGUUUUCAGUACGUUUAUAUUUUUAUACAUUUUGAGUUGUUGGUGACUUACUAAUGGAGAUCUGAAUGUAAACUGUUCUUGGUUGAGGAGGAAACUUUUCAUAUUCCAUGACAAUGGAUCAUUUCACCUCCAUCAUUGUGUGAACUCUUAAAUGAGGGAGUUUGACAUUUCUGUCAAAUAUGUAAAAGAUGACUGUGGCUUAAGUAGGCAGGUAGACGUGGUAGUUAUUGCCAUGUUUAUAUGCUAAACGCCAUGAGGCCAUAAUUGCUCCAAUGCCAUAAAAGCUGGACAGUUAACUUUGAAUUUUUUUUCUUUUUAAAUUUGAUUUGGCAUUUAGUUGGAAAGGGUUUCUUGU